AUGGAAGCUAUUCAAGCUGAAGACAGUCGACUCAUGACUGCCAAGGCCACGAGUGUCACGCUGGGGGUUAAGGCCAAGUUAACGAACCAAGAAAUGGACUUGUUGCGCCAGCAGCUGGCCAGGGCCACCGCGUACGACCAUACACCUCAAGACAACGCGCUGGCACGCCAGCAACGCAUCAAACGUCCCCCCCAGUUUGUCAAAGCGUCCAAGUCUGGCAUCUACGACCGCGAGAUCCCCGCCAUGCCUGCCUCAUCGAAACCAGCCAAAAAGUCUGCGGCGGCGAUCCACCAUACCGUCGAGAAAUUGAAUCAAAGUGAACCCAUGUAUGUGCCGCGUCAGACGAAAGGAAUCAACCAGCUCGACAAAGAUCGGUUGCAAGACUUGUACACCGUCAAGCCCCGGAAGCUCAGGUGGGCUACGUCACCAACAGUUGUGACUCCAGCUCACGCCGCCGCGUUUGAUGUGCACGCACGUAGCACGGUCCCAUUGAGCCUCAUGGACACGGCGGCGAUCGAUGAUCUAGACGACAAUGGCCACUUCAAGAGCGGGAAACGGCUCGGGCCCGAGCACAUUCCCCAAGUGUUUUUGCUCUAACGCGGCCAACAGAACCUUGGACUCGUCAUUCUUUAGGGACAACAAAAGCACGCGGAAAGGUCAGCGAGCUAGUCUAACGCGCCGUGGAGGGGUGCCGACGCCGUCGCUGGCCGCCACCACGUAGCGACCUGUCGUAUUGCCCUCAAUUUAUAGCAAUUCAACCUUGACUUCGGUGGGGGCCUUGACUUCGGCAUGGACUUCAAUCUUCUUGAAGAACGCGUCCAAGCCAGCUUCCAGUUC